AUGAACGGCACAGAGGGACCUUAUUUCUAUGUCCCUAUGAUUAACACCACCGGCGUGGUCCGGAAUCCUUAUGAAUACCCUCAGUAUUACCUUGUCAACCCAGCUGCUUAUUUUGCCCUGGCAUGCUGGAUGUUUUUGCUCAUCCUUCUUGGCUUCCCCAUCAACUUCCUCACUCUGUAUGUCACCAUCGAACACAAGAAGCUGCGAACCCCUCUAAACUACAUCCUGCUGAACCUUGCCGUGGCUGACCUCUUCAUGGUGUUUGGAGGAUUCACCACAACGAUGUACACCUCCAUGCAUGGCUACUUCGUCCUAGGACGCCUUGGCUGCAAUCUGGAAGGAUUCUUUGCUACCCUUGGUGGUGAGAUUGGCCUCUGGUCACUGAUGGUUCUGGCUGUUGAAAGGUGGCUUGUUGUCUGCAAGCCCAUCAGCAACUUCCGCUUUGGGGAGAAUCACGCAAUCAUGGGUUUGGUCGUCACUUGGAUCGGGGCCUGUUCCUGUGCUGUGCCCCCUCUCGUCGGCUGGUCUCGUUACAUUCCUGAGGGCAUGCAGUGCUCAUGUGGAGUCGACUACUACACCCGUGCAGAAGGUUUCAACAAUGAGUCCUUUGUCAUCUACAUGUUCUGUUGCCACUUCAUCAUUCCAAUGAGUGUUGUGUUCUUCUGCUACGGCCGUCUGCUCUGUGCUGUCCAGGAGGCUGCUGCUGCCCAGCAGGAGUCUGAGACCACCCAGAGGGCUCAAAAGGAAGUCACCCGCAUGGUCAUUAUCAUGGGUAUAGCCUACCUGAUAUGCUGGGUGCCCUAUGCCAGUACGGCCUGGUGGAUCUUCACACAUCAAGGCGCUGAUUUCGGACCAGUCUUAAUGACCGUUCCGGCUUUCUUUGCCAAGGCUGCGGCUGUCUACAAUCCAAUGAUCUACAUCUGCAUGAACAAGCAGUUCCGCCACUGCAUGAUCACCACCUUGUGCUGCGGGAAGAAUCCCUUUGAGGAGGAGGAGGGAGCCUCCUCUACUGCUUCCAAGACCGAGGCCUCCUCUGUCUCCUCCAGCUCUGUGUCUCCUGCAUAA